AUGCGUUCAAAGUUGGUCUCAGAUAUCGGAGUACUGCUCCUGUUAAGUUUCGCGGCGACAGUCCGUGGAAACUUCCAUUGUCCGGAGAGACCGUAUCGUGUUGUUUGCUACUUUGCCAGCUGGUCCAACUAUCGCGAGGGAUCCGGUGCGUUUAACAUCAGCUACAUCGUGCCCGAUCACUGCACGCACUUGGUGUACACGUUCGGGGGUCUUAACAUCGGCGGUGGACUCGAUUCGCUCGAUUAUUACAACGACAUCAACGUGAACAAGGGCUACCAACGGGUGGUCGCAUUGAAAGAGGACAAUCCCUGUCUCAAAGUGCUGCUCGCGAUCGGAGGAUGGAACGAGGGAUCCGAAAAGUACUCGCUGAUGGCCGAGCAUGAGACCGAUCGUGAGGCUUUUGCCGAUCAAACACUGCGUUAUCUGGUGCACUAUGGAUUCGACGGACUCGAUCUCGAUUGGGAAUAUCCAACUAUGCGCGGAGGCAUCCCAGAGGAUCGCGAAAAUUUUGUUCUUCUCGUUCAAGCGCUGCGCAAGAGGUACGCCCCGCGCAAGAAGCUCCUAACGGCGGCCAUCAGUGCAUCGAAAGAAAUUCUCCAGUCCGGAUACGAUCUGCCCAAACUGUGCGAGGAUCUUGACUUUAUCAAUCUGAUGACGUACGACUACGCCAGCAGCGAGAAGGCCAUGCCGGAUGCUCCACUGUACGGUGAAACGGCGAGUGAAACGAUCGACUCGACCAUCGCGUACGUUAGAAAGAGUGGCUGUCCGAUGGAAAAGUUCACGCUGGGCAUAACAACCCACGCCAAGACGUACACCGUCGCUCCGGGGCGCCUGAUGGCACCGGGUAUCGCGGCGAUCGGCCCCGGGCAGCCGGGUCCGUUCACGCGCGUUGCCGGCUCGUUGGGUUACAACGAGCUGUGCGAAAUACUGAAACCGAACCGGACCGCUCCGAACGGGGGCGGCGGUCAGUGGGUCGUGAAGCUGUUGGCACAGAAUGCCGUCAAAUACGCGUACCGCGACGAUCAGUGGAUCACUUUCGAUGGCGUCGAAACGAUCGCCACGAAGGUGCGGUACGCGAUGGACAAGAAGCUGGGUGGCAUCAUGUUUUGGACCAUCGAUACGGACGAUUUCCAGGGAGACUGCCACAACGAAGCGUAUCCGCUGCUGCUGACCGCCCUACGCACCCUGGGCUAUCUGAAGGCUUAA